CAGAAGCAGUGAUACUCACACACGAGAAUCAGAGCCCACUCUCCACCAGCCGGACUUGUGUGGGAGAGAGCAGCGUGGAGAGUGCCCUUGAAGAGGCUUUAGUGGUGGUAGCUGCGUUGCCACUGGCAACACCCACGAUGCCAGAAGUGAUAGAAAGCGAGGGAGAGGGAGGAAGCGUGAGGCGUGAUUCACUGGAGAGGAUAGCUACUGUAACAAACGAAGAGAGUGAGAAAGCAGUAAGGGAGAAAGAUUUGGAAGGAAUAGAAAAGUGUCUCAGCUCUGCAGACGGAGAGAAAGAAGGACUCCUGGACAGCCUUCCUCAGCUUGCAUUAAUCUGUUCACAGGGAAAGUGCUCACUUGCAUUCUCAGCCAAAGAGGGACAGGCUGCAUCUGAGGAAAGCUGCAGCAGCAAAAUGCCACACAACUCGGCUGAGACUGAAAUGAAGGGACCGAGAGAGACAACCGUUCGCAGUGCAGAGAUCUCACCAGCUGAAGAGGGAGACAGAGAAAAGGAGCCACUACGGUUGGAAGCCUUUAUCAAUACUUCUCCCUUUGGGUUACUUACUGGUCCUGAUUGUCAGGAUCACUGUGCUGCGGGAUUGGAGGGAGGAGGAGGAGGAGGAGGAAGAAGAGGAGGAGGAGGAGAGGAGGUGGGAGAGAAAGCAGGGCUGGCUAAAGAGCACAGUUCAUUCAGCCAGCCAGGAGGCUCUGCUAGUGGGGUGUCAUCAGCUGAGACUGAGACGUGUCCGCCCACCGAUGUUGCCGAGUCACAGCUGAAGUCACAGAGCUGGAGUGAGCCGAUUGCAACCAUCUCUGAGAGCAUCUGCACUGAACAGGACCGUCUCUCUCACCCCUGCCAAGAGCAGCGUGGCGCAGCAAUUUCACCUCUCCCCACUUACCCUAAACAGAGCUCCAGCAAUACAAACGCAGGGGCAAGGGCUGAGCUCAAACUGAAUUUGAUUUCAGAGGAAGCACUGUCUUUGGGACACACUUGUAAGGAGUCAUCCAUCACAGAGACAGAGAGAAACUGCAGCCAAGUCUUCCUGCCUUUAAUCUCACCUCAGCCUCUGACUACUACACAACAAAUCCCAGUCGAGCUACAAGCAAGCAACAAUCAACAGGUUCAGCCUGAAAGUAGCACAACAGAAACCAGGACACCCGAAAGUGCAGCCGAGUUCCAAGCCCAGACCCGGAGAAAAAAAGGUGCUAUGUCUGGAGUCGGUGUGCACGUAUGUGACAGCAGCAGAGGCAACAACAGAGUUCAUUUCGCGGACACUGUGAAACAAGAAGACAGUUCCUCUGUGGAUUUCAGGAUCACGUCGGUUAUGGACUGUGCCUCUUUGCCUCCGCUGACUGUACAUGAGAGUUUGCACCAUCCCGUAGUUGAGGCCAGCUACAUCUUCCCAGACUUCCUCGACUUGAAGAAAACAGAAAUGCCGGAAAAUGUAGUUCCUGCUAAGGUUGAACUAGCAAUACAGGGCUCAGACAACUUUUCAAAGCCACAGAAAAAUGUCCAGUUGGAUAAAGACGAGAAGGGGACUCAAGAUACCAAGGAGAAAAUUAACAUAAAUCAGUCAGGUAACGACAACUUGGAGACAAACACUGUGGAUUUACAGUCUGAAGCCAGCAUAAAUCAGCCUCCAUGUCUUACCAAGAAGAAUCACACUGAUGACCUUUCACAAACAGCAGAUAAUGCCGUCUCUGUGGCCGAUCAUCCAACAUCUGAGCAGGUGUCAGCAAAGGUGACGAAGCAAUUAGAGGCAGAAACGGAUAAGGGUGCCAUAAAUCUGUGUAUGUCGACUGAGAAAGACACAGAUACGUUACAUGCUGAGUCUAAAGGCUCAGUCGAGACUGGCCAUCCUUUAAUAGGUGAUGCGACUGAAGGUAACCUACAUCCUCUCUCCUCAUGUUCUGUGCUUCCAGCUGAUGUUACCUGCAAGCCUUUAAGUGAUGUAUCGAUUGACUUACCUGUUGGGCAGCUCUCAGACCUUGAUCCCAAUUCAAAACCGGAAACUGUGACCUUGACCUGCACGUCCUCUCUUCAGACAAAGCCCAGCGACCCCAGUUUUCAGCCUCCCACCCAAUUAGAUGAAACACCACCUUCUGAACUUGUUACCACUGAUCUCAUGAAGGCUAGUGACAAGUCUCAGCCCACAACUCAGUCGGCUGAUCCGACAAGGGAUGAAUCAGCUGAAGUCACAGUGUCUGACCAGUCAAUUCCUGUUAUCGAGCAAUGUGAUUCUUCUUUUGUGCUGCGGCCUCCUGGUCCAAUGUUGAGUCAUUUGGAGUUCAUUACUGACAGUGAUAUCUCUGUUCCUGAGCAGAUAGAUAAAGGCAACACUGAUGGCGACAGCACCAAAGUCUCUGGAAAAGUGGAUGGCAACAAGAGCAAGGAAAUGACAAAGACGUCUUUAGAACAGGAUCCGGCGCAUGGUCAUGUCAGCGUUAAAGCAGAUGAGAGUGAAAUAAGAAAUGAUAGUAAAGAGUCAGACGUAAAACUUGUCAAUUCUGUUGUUAAUAAUGAAAAUAUUCCAUUUUCACGAGAGGAAAUUCAGUCUCCUGCUCAGCCUCCUGCUGCAGUGGGUGUACUGGCAGAAGGUGGGUCUGAUAAUGUAAUUCCUCUAUCCCAAACUGAGCCAGACCCUAUUGGCAGUAAAACUGUAAUUUGCGAAGCAUCCAUUAAAGAUGACCUCAUUAUUGUCAGCUGCCCACGCAGCUCCGACCUGCCUUCAAAGGAGGCUUAUGAUGAAAUUAAACGAGACAAUGCGAACGAGAGAAUGGGCGAUCAGACCUUUGUGCUGUUUGCUGGGGAAAAGGAAAAAGUUAAAGAGGCAACAAUGGAUAAUCAAAAGGAAACAGCAGACAGUAGCAAGCUACAGACAGGAAAGACUGGCACAACACCACAACAGAGUAAUGAGCCAGAUAAAGAGGCAGUGGAGGAAACUGGAAACCUGCUGCCACCACAUAAACCGAAAGAACAAAAGGCUGAAUCACCAGUAGGAGAUAUAAAGGAGGAAGGAGAAAGGAAUAAUAGCAUUACAGCUAAAAGCCAGACUGCUUCCUUAUCUCCUGACAAACCUACAGGGUCAUGUGAGGAAAAGCUAAAUGCUGAGGCUGUUAGUGAACCUUAUGACCAGAGUUUGAGCCAAACUCCGACAGCAACACUGGAACGCAGCUCCGACGGGGACAUGGCACCAGAUUCAAGUGCAGCUCUUGGCCAAUCGCAGCCCACACCAGAGCCAAAUUGUUUUGCUCAGCAACAGGAGCAACAGCAGCAGAGUCUGGGAUCCAGACAUCCCACAGAGAAACUGUCAGGUGGCUGUCUAGAGGGGGGAGAAAAGACUAUCAGUCAGGUCAGGCAGACCCAAGCACUGAUUCCCGGGGUGAAAGGGGUGUCAGAGGGAGGAGACGGCUCUGUUGGGACUUUGUGUCAGUCAGGAAGCAGGGAUGAGUUGACAGUUGAUGACAGCAGUGGCAAUGAACGAGUGAUGGGUUUAGAGAAAGGCAAGGUAGAGGGAGCACAAGCUGUAGCAGGGGUUGACAGGGUUUAUGUGCCGUCUCACCUUGCCAGUGAUUUAAACGAGAGUGAAGGGGCUGCUGAGAGAAAUGCCUCGGCUGACAUUCGGAGCGUAACAGCUUGCUCUCACGUCUGCGAGACCAGACAGGGGAUAGAUGAGAAUAAAAGCCCCGUGUUAGGGGUAGUUGGGUUGGAUACAAACACUGAGUUUAUGAGUGAUCUGGGUGGGAAAGGUCAGCAAAAAUGCAAUUUAUCAGCUGCCCGUCAAGAUCAACAUGAAAAAUCCGAGACCUCAAAGAACACUGCUGUAUCUGUUGAGUCUGCAUCACAGGAACAUGAGACUUCACCUUCCAUUUCAUCAAAGGUCAUAACAGAUAAUCAUGGCAUUCAGCCAGCCGUUAUUCCAAGUGCAAAGCGGGCUGAAGAAAUGCAUGCAAAAAUAUUCAGUACUCUGGUUGAGCAACCAGAAACUGUGGAAAUGUAUUUUAGUUCUGCCACGGCUGUGAAAAGCAACAGUAGUGAAACUGAGGAGUGUGAAAAUCAGGAUACAGUGAGCAAGCCUCUCCAGCUACAAAGCUCCAAUAAAAUCUCAGCCACACAAAGCAGCCCAGUAGUACAAACAGCCAUAAAAGGCCCUGGUGUAGAGGAGAUCACAAAGGAAGAUAAAGCAGCUUUGGACAAGGAGAAAGCCAGCAGCGAGGGGAAGGGACAAAGUGUGAUAAAAGAGAUGAACAAUGAAGCAAUGAAAAAACAGGAGGUCAUAAAUCAAACCGGGAGUGUUAAUGUCAAUGCAACAGAACAUGACAGUGACAUAAUUCCUGAUGUUAUCACAGUCCCAUCUGUUGUUUUAUCAAAGCAUCAGGAUGAUUUUGCACCUGCAGCCCCUGCCCAGUUAGAGAAACCACACGAUCAGGUGUCAAAGCCGCAAGAUGAUCUUACAGCAAACCCCAUUGUUGUUGCUUCCUGCUGUGAAGGAGAAUCACCUGAAAAAGCUCCUGUUAAACAAGUGGUUGCCGAUGUGCCACAGAGUCCUGCUCCCGUACAAACAGCUCGAGAACCAGAGACAAACUGGAUACAAGCUCUAAAAGAAGCUGCAUCCCUUUCUCAGAGUAAACAACAGGUCUCAAGACCCCUCCCAUCUUUGGAGUCUCCUCAACUCGAGUUUCUUACUCCGACUGAGGAGAUAUUUGCUCCUCUGAAACAGGAGGAGAUCCCACAACUGGAGCAAGCAGCUGAGACGACAACAGAGAGCCCACCUCUGAAUCUUUUGAAGAAGCCGGUGGAUCUUCCUUUAAAGAAGACGAUAGAGCUCCCAGAACCAACAAGAAAGAUAGGAGAGCUCCCGGAACCAAUACAGAAGUCAGUAGAGCUUCAAGAACCACCGCAGAAGACAGUUGAGCUCUCAGAACCAACAAAGAAGACAGUAGAGCUCUCAGAACCAACACAGAAGACAACAGAAGUCCAAGAACCACCGCAGAAGACAGUAGAGCUCUCAGAACCAACACAGAAGACAACAGAAGUCCAAGAAACACCGCAGAAGACAGUAGAGCUCUCAGAACCAACAAAAAAGACAGUAGAGCUCCCAGAACCAACACAGAAGACAGAAGAGCUCCCAGAACCAACAAAGAAGACAGUAGAGCUCUCAGAACCAAUUCAGAGCACAAAAGUAGAGCUUUCAGGAGAAACAAAUAAAGAAGAGCUCUCAGAACCAACCAAGAAAGAAGAAGGACCUCUAGAAGAGCUCCUAGAACCAAAAAGAGAGCCAAUAACGACUUCAGAAAUAGCAAAAGAGCCAGCUGAGCUCCUGGAACCAACACAGCAGACAGUAGAACUCCCAGAACCAAUACGGGACACAGAAGUAGAGGUACCAGAAUACACAAAAAAAGAAGAAGAGCCUCCAUUAAAGCUCCCAGAACCAAAAAGGGAGCCAGUAAUUUAUUCGGAAAAAGCAGAAGAGCCAGCUGAGCUCCUAGAACCAACAAAAAGCACAGCCGAGAUCCCAGAACCAAAGAAAAAUGAAGAACCAGAACCAACAAAGACGACAACAGACUCCCCAGAACCAGAGAAGAAGCUGAUCGGUGAGCUGCCAGAGAAGCAAGUGGAAAAACCUGUAGAGAUCCCACCUGAGGAGCUGUUUGAAGUGCCACCUGAGGAAACAGCAACAGUCCAGGAUCCUGCUGAGGAGCUACAGGACAGCGGGUCCUCCCUCGCUGAGCAGGCGGAGAGAGGUGACCGUGCCCCUGCCUUUCCCCCACCUCCUGACUCCGAAUUCCUGCCUGCCUUCCCUCAUCACCUCCAAGACACCACAGAGUUCCCCACUCCUCCUCCUACACCCCCUGAGCGGCACUCUCCCGCAGCUCUACCAACCCCACCUGCAUCUCCCAGCUUCCCUCCCCCUCCUCCUCCUGCCUCCCUUCCUGAACCUCCUGCUCACCAGUGUGAAGACCACUGCCCUGCUCCUGCACCCUGCCACCCUCCUUUAAGGAGUUCAGACUCUGAUGGAGCCUUUGAGACCCCUGAAUCCACAACUCCUGUGAAGGCAGUUUCUCCUAUAGAUCCCCCAACCCAGCAACUAACGCUUGAUGACCAAGUAGCAGACACCUCAGUCUGUGAUCCAGACUCUGUAUUGACUUCAGCUGAUGGACCACGCCGUUCCCCAUCCAUUGUUUUUGAUGAGAACAAACCAAUUGCAGCCAGUGGCCAAUACAACUACGAUGCUUUGGGUGGAGAUUCAGCAAAUCAUACUCUGACCCGUUCGCUCAGCCUCCAGGGAGGAGAACUAGACAGUGCUGGUCUGUUGGACGGAUCAACAGUGGGAGGCUUCCGUCCACAUUCUGAAUCCUUCAGCGUAGGUACUGAAAGUGCCCCAGGGACACUCCACAGGCCCAAGAAAGUCCGUACUGGCUCUCUGAAGAAGAAACCUCUUCUUAGACAGAACUCCAACCCAGAGAGUCCAAGGCCAGCGUCAUCCAGCAGCACCCCAGAGAUCAAGAAGCGGGGAAAGCCUCGAACUGCCAGCCCCCUUCAGCCUCAGGAGGAAGCAGAGGGAGGAUCGGCAACCCCGAGCCCAGGAGGAACCCUCCGCAGAGCCAGGAAGACCCGUGUGGAGACUCCUCCUCCUCUGCCUGAGGAGACCAAUCUUACCAGGCAAGAGGAGAGCCUUGUUAUCCCUGCCUUACCCUUGUGCCAGGAGGAGACUCCUCUUCCUGGUAGUCCAACAGUCAGAGACGAAUCCCCCAUCCCCCCCAGUACCUCCUACAAAUGGGAUCCAGAUAAUUUUGAAAACAUCGACCCUUUCAAUACUGGAGGGAGUAAAAUUGCCAAUUCCCCUGUUCUGGGUCGUAAAGAUCCUCUGUGUGCCCCCAUUGCCAACCCUCCAGAGAGUCCCUGUGUCCCUGCUGCGGAACCCUGUCCGCCAACUCCUCCUCAAGAGCCGAUCACCAACCCUGAAGAGCAACCCAUCCUACCAAAGCGUCAGUCGGUAAGGCUGGAGUUUGACUACUCUGAGGAGGGCAGUGAGGCUGGUCACCAGGCCUCUCCCCCACCCAAGAAAGUGGGCAAGAAGCCCGGUGCCAAGAUGCCUCUGAGGAAACCAAAGCUGGGGCUGAAGAAGGCCCCUCCAGCGCAGGUGGAGCAGCUGGACAACGAUCCUCCACCAACUCAAAAUGGCAACGAGGAAGAAAUCCCUGUUCCUGCAGUCUCUUACAAGUUUGAACCAGACAAGUGGGAUGAUCCGAACUUCAAUCCAUUUACUUCGAAGAAAGGCAUCGGCAACUCCCCCAAACUAUCCAGGCCAUCUUAUUCUUUUGACCCCAGUAACUUUGAUGACUCUGUAGACCCUUUCCAGUCCUCCAAUAAGAUGGCCAACUCCCCUCCCAAGGCCUCUGCCUCUUUUGACCUGUCAUCCAAUGACUAUGAAAAUGAAAAUGACAAUGACAACAUUGGGGAACUGGAGGACCAAAACCUGAACAAACCUGCCAAGAAGAAGAAAACUCCUAUCAAAUCUAAUACUUUCAGAGUGAAGAGGUCGCCAAAGAAAUCACCAAUGUCUGACCCAUCACAGGAUCCUACGCCUACGGAUGAAGCUCCCUCCCUACACCCACAGGACGACCAUGCCACAGAUGAGGAGAAGCUGGCCUCCUCCACCAGUCACAAGUGGGCAGCCUUGCACGACAUGGAUGCAGAUCUGAACUCUGACCAGCAAGACUUCCCUCAGCCGUGUGACCUUACAUCCUUCGUUAACGAGAACAGUCUUCCUCAUCAGACUGCAGUGCAAGACUAUGAAAUUGAAUACAUGGAGAAGCUUGGCUCCACUUCGCCUCCACUGUCUGUGAAGAAGCCAUCUUUGUACUUAAACUUGGACUCAGUAUCUGACAACUUAACCAAGAAUUCGUGUGCAAAUGGAUCUGAGCCCAGCUCCCCCUGCACAGGGAGUUUCGAGGAGAUGGAGGCCCAGAUAACAGCGGGUAUGAAGACGCCGGUGCUGAGCUCCCGACCUGGCCCUGAGGGCUCUGCUGGGGACAAGGGAAGGAAGAGAGAAAGCGAGGCUCUCAGCCGAACACAGAGCACAGAGAGGGAUGAGCAGCCCCCAAGCCAGGGCCCCAUGGAGGCCCCUGCUCCUGCCCUGGCCUUGCCCCUGUUAGACAGGCUCUCUGAGUGUGACGACCUCCUGCAGUACCUGGAGCCUGACCUGGCUGAGACCAACCCCACCGCAUUCGCCCAAAAACUACAGUCUCGACUCAAGAAACCCAGCACUCGGAGGUGGAAUAUCAACGGUUCACCCUUACUCAAACACAGAGACAUCUCAUCUCCAGUAGAGAGUGCCGUGUCCAAGAACUCACUGUAUACCAGGACCACCACCACCAGCUACAUUGAAGGGGAGAGUCCCCACCUGCCUAGAGAGCUGGAUCACUCGCUGGGAAUUGCACGAGAGGAGAUCGUGUCAAAGGAGAAAGAAGUGCUGGAGUGGCAAAGGAAGUAUGAAGAGAGUCGACAGGAAGUGGUGGAGAUGAGGAGGAUUGUUGCUGAGUACGAGAAAACGAUUGCACAGAUGAUAGAGGAUGACCAGAAAGAGAAGUCUCUCUCACACCAUACCAUCCAGCAGCUGAUCAUGGAGAAGGACCAGGCCUUGGCCGACCUCAACUCCGUGGAAAAGUCUCUUGCCGACCUCUUCCGACGUUACGAGAAGAUGAAAGAAGUCCUGGAGGGCUUCCGCAAGAAUGAAGACGUUCUGAAGAAAUGCGCUCAGGAGUAUCUGUCCAGGGUCCGCAAGGAGGAACAACGCUAUCAAGCCCUAAAGAUUCAUGCAGAGGAGAAACUGGACAAGGCCAAUUCAGACAUAGCUCAGGUGCGGGCCAAGGCCAAGCAGGAGCAGGCCGCCCACCAGGCCAGUCUGAGGAAGGAGCAGAUGAAGGUGGACUCUCUGGAGCGAACUUUGGAGCAAAAGAACAAAGAGAUCGAGGAGUUGACAAAGAUCUGUGACGAGCUGAUCGCCAAGAUGGGGAAGAGUUAGCGACCACACCAUCCCCAGGCCAAAGCUCACAGAGAAGAGGAGUGGUUGUGGAAAAAACCACUUCGAAAUUGAAGAUGAUCAGUAAUAUCUACCACACUUCCACGGACUGAUGGACAUUUAGGCCAAAAUGGUCUUGGGGUUAAAUUUCCUACUGACAUUGUGUAUACAGGAUCCACAGGAAUGGCUUCCUCCUUAUCAUUCUGUACAUUUUUGAUGUGUCAGUGUAUCGUACUGUAUCAGGGGUCAGAUUUUAGAAAAUGUAUCAUAUCACUGAUGAGUGCGUCUGUGCGUGUGAAUGUGUGUAUGGUAAUGAGAAAGCGAGAGCAUUGUUUGUGGGUUAAAUUAUCUAAAAUGAUGUUGCCAUGACAGCCACUGAGGGAGAAGACUGUUUACCCGUUCCUGUUGUUGUUUCCUCCUGAUUCAAGAGAAAGAUAGACUUUGAAAAAGAGUACCAGAAAUUUAGAUUCCUUCAUAAAAUGUUGAUACACCACUAAGAGAACACAAACUAUCACAAUAGCUUACUGCAUGUGGGAAACAAAAGAAAGGAGAACUUAUAAUGUUUAAUGUUUGUAUAUAUUGUAGGAAAUUCCAAGUAUGAAAAUAAACUCCAAUGCAUUUUUGAUAGUUAUUCUGUCAUCCUCGGCCUGCUUCCCUCAUGUAACCUUGUAGAUAUUUGUCAUACUUGUCACAGCUUUCUCAAUGAAAUUGUGCGACUAUUUUUUGGGAUUUUAUUUUGAUAUAAAGCAAACUAAUCGUGACCUUAUUCAGUUGUGACAAGGAGUAAUUUAAUUUUGGAUGGAUAUGUCCUAGUUCUGUCAUGGUUGUUGUGUCACACUGAGGAAUAACUUUUUCUGCACAGCUGCUGUACAGCAUCUGCUUACAAAGUGCAAUAAAAGAUGGCAAUACAGCACAA